CUUAUUUUAGUACUUAUGAAAAAUAAGAAAAUUCCGAAAAAUAUCCAUAAUGUUAAAACCGACGAGCAAGUCUAGCCCGCUUUCAGAUAACCAACAUGAAGUUACGAAGAAGAAACCGACGCGACCUGUGCUCUACAAGAGAGCACAUUCCGCUAGUCCAGUAGCCCCGAGACCACGAGACCCUUCUCAAAUAAAAAAGCUGGCCAAGUACAGGAGAUGUCAAAGUCUUUCACCGGCAAAUCAAAUGCUGAAGGUAUCAUUUGACCCUCUGGAAUAUACACAACAAACAGCUUCGACCCCACUGGAUAAUACAAACAAAGGGACUACACGAAACAACAUAUAUCAAGAACCAGAAAAAGAUAUAGUCAUGCCCAAGUGCAUCAUUAGUAAGACAAUGCGAGUGUUGGCCACAAGGAAAAGAGAAUUUCUUAAACUUAAGAAGAACUUAAUAGCUCAACAGAAUUCGCUCCUGGCACAAUAUGCGGCACUCAAAGAAAUGGAGUUGCAUGUGGGAGCCACAGACGAAGCGUUAAGUGAGAUACGAAUCAUAACACUGAAAGGAUGGGCAGCGCACGACAUUCUUCUCCUCUUGAGGGAUGACGUUAACUUACCAUGGGCUUCGGAUAUAAGUGGCGUGCUCGGUCCCCAAGUGCUGCAGCAGCUAGUAGCACAAUUGAAUCCAAUUCCGGAAGAGGUAGUGGGCAUGGGCGCUGAGUUGAUGAUUCGCCGCAUGGAACUGCUGAAUCUGCUGCGCUGCAAGCAUCGAAGCGAUCGCGCUACUUAUAUUACAAAUUUGGAAUGGAAGGCCAAAAAUAUGGAUUUUGAUGCCGAAACUGAAACGUUACAAAGAAUGGUGGCUGGGGUUGCAGAAAAUAUAAAAGCCAAGAUCACUUACUCCCUUGAUCUCGCUAAAAUACCUUGGAUAGAUCGUGAUUCUUUUACGAAAAAAAUUCAACGAUUGCAAAAAGAGAACACCGUUCUUCAACAUAAAGUUGAAGAAUUAUCUAAAAAGAAUAACGACGACACUAAAGUAGUUUCUGAAGCUAUUAAACCUGAAACAAAUACCCAACAUCAGGCAUUAAUGGAGGAACUUAAUAAAGAGCGAGCUGCUCGGGAUUCGUUGAAGGAAGUCGUCUCGGCAGCAGAGAGUAUGCUUCGAGUAGCGCGAGCGCGGAACGCAACUUUAGAGAGACAAUUAAAGGACUCGCAAACCUCUCUUGAGGCAGCUCGGCGCAAGUAUAAAGAUUUGGAGCAGUUGUAUCGUCAUCGGGAAUCAAAUUAUGAUGCGCGAUCUAAGAAACUAGUGGAAGUUACGAAGACUGGUGAAAUAACUAUUGAAACGUUAUCACGACAGCGUGAUGCUCUAGAACUCAGAGUAAAGGAAUUACGAGAACAGGCUGAAUUGACAGAACGUGCAAUAGCGGCCAGACAGACAGAAGAGAGAGCUCGCAUCGACACGCUGCAGGCGAAGGUAGCAGAACAGGAAAAGGAAAAAGCUGCUUCUGAAGAGCGAGUCGCAGAAUUUAAAGGUCGCAUUAUGGAGUUAGAGGAACAGCUGAAUAAUUUACGUGAACGUUCUACUCGAUUGGUUGAUCUUGAGCGCAGACGUUGUCUUGAAUACAUCCCCUCCAGAGAAUGUGAACCAUCGGAUAAAGAAACAGAAAUUUGGAAAGAACUGCAAUCAACUCGCGUGGCGUUGUCACGCGCUGAAGAAGAGAUCCGCCGCCGCAAAGCUGAUAAAGAAAGUUUCUUAAAUUCAUUGUCGAGAAUCGCGCAAGAAGAAGGUGCUGAUAAAAAUGAUAAAAUGGCUGCAGAGUUGUUACGUAGAGAGCAAAAAAUUAUCAAACUCCAGCAUGUAGUCGAUGAGCAGAGAGAAAACGAGAGAAUAAUGGAGCAAAGUAUGACUGAAUAUGAAAAUCAAUUAGCUGCGCUACGUUUGGAAGUAAAACGUUUACGGAACUACGAAUGCUACACUAAAGAAAUAUCAUACCAAGAAUUACAAACAGAGGUGUUGGAGCUGCACAUGCAAGUGGAACAGCUAACUCGUGAAAGAGCUACAUUAGUAAAUGCGGCAGCGUCACGCGCAUUGAUGUUGGAGCGACAUGAACGAUCCGCUGACUUGUUUGCUAAAGUGACGCGAGCACGACGAGAGCUUGCUGCUUUCCUCGAGGGAGGAGCUGAUCCACCAGCCAUUGACAAUAAUAUGCAUGCUGAGAUUUCACGAUCAUUAACAUCAGUAUGUGCACGCGCAGCUGACACUUGGUCAGCUCUCCGAGCGGAACGUGCUCGUGUACUUCAUUUAGAAAGCGCCGUGCUCGCACAAAGCUUACAGCUAGAAAAACAAGGACGAGUAAGGACACAACUUGAGCGACGCAAAACUUUGCUGGAAAGGGAAAUAGUUCGCACGCGGCACGCUGUUUCAACACCGAGAAUCACCAACAACCCUAGUCUGAUUCAAGCAUAUUUUUCAAAUUAGUGAAAUACGUUUUACCAAACUAAUUAGAUACAAAUAAAUAGACAGACUGAAUA